UUUGUCCCCAUUUUCCUCUCUAGGCGCCUAUCAUCGACCAUAUAUCCUCGAUUACCUGGAUAGAAUUAAUCUUGUCGACAUGAGAAACGACUCUGGGAUCACCUGGUUCGACGAUGAUGACUAUAUUGGGGCCAAGGUCUCUUUUCCCUCUGGUGCCGUCUGGAAGAUUGACAGCAAAAUCAAGGAGCACGAGUAUUACGAGUCCCAGUCUGAUGUAGAGGAGCUAGCUAUUGACUGUGAGGCACGCGGUUCAUUUUUCUGCUCCAAGGCAAGAUCUCCGGACCUGGCAGGCCCGAUCGGGGCCCACUUAUAGCUUUCAGAGAGAAAUUAAGGCGCUGGCCCUGCUAGAAAAGGCUGGCUGCUCUUGCGUCCCUUUUCUGCUUGACUGGAAGGAGGAAACGCAGGCCCACGAUGAAUGGGUUCCGGGGGGGUACAAAUUGAUUCUGUUGAUGGAGCGAGUACCAGGGCGUGAUCCAUCGGGAAUUUGGCAUCAUAUGCCCCGCGUACGGCAAGCUAGGGGGAUAUCCAUGCCUUUCUGCCCACCUAAACCGCUACCUGCUUUAGGUGCGC